AUGCACAACAAAUAUCUGGUGCUUCUAACCCAUCGUAAGUACAAUUUUAUGCCAUACCGUUUUCCUCAAAUUUUUGUUUCAGUCCCUCCCACCCUCCCAACCAAAGCAAGAACCACGGUUUGCUUGGAAACGUGCUCCUUUUUUUUCUUUUCGUUUUCGACGUUUGGCUCAUGGUUGAGAAGCAAUACUAUAAAAUAACAUCAAGAUGAAUAGCCUUGUGGACGUAAAACUUCGUGCUACGAGACACAACCUACGUCAUCAUGGGGUAUGCAGUGAAACAUUGGUUCCCAGUGAACUCGUUUCUUGAUUGGUUCAUUUAACUCAAGUUUAACUGUAACACAAAGCAAAAGAUUUAUCGAAAGAAACAAAAAAGGCUUUGAAAAGAGUUAUAUUUUUAAUCGACAGAUUGCCGAGAUUUGCUAGCAAAGCUUCUCAAACCGAGGCCUGAGCUGCGCUUGCCCCUGCUAGAUGUAAUGGUGCACCCAUGGGUAACUGUACAAGGAACCUCGCCUUUAGUACCUUUCACAGAACAACCCAUUGACGAGAAAAUACAGGAUAAGGUAAGUCACUGGAAAAAAAAAAAAAUACAACAAUACUUUUCCCUAAAGUGUUGCAUUUUAUUUUAUUCUAUCCGGUCAGUUUUCAAUUUUUCGUCACCUUGAACUCAUGAAGGAUCACUACUAAGAACGAAAACAGCUCAACCUGAAAGACGCUUCUGAAACUUUCAAAAACGCUUUCCCACUCUUGAGUAUUUUUGUAUUCAAAUUUAGUAACGUCGAAUUUUCUAAAUAAACAAUACGUUUACAUUGUGAGUACGAAAUAAGUUUUCAAGAAAGUUCUUGUACCGAAACUUACGAUAAACAGUUCGCGUAGAGCGGUACACAAAUACAAUUCUUUUAAGUCACACCUUAAUAUUUACAUUGCCUCAGGUUUUAGAAAAAGUCUCACAGCUAAUCAAAAACCACAAGUCCAAGAUCGCUCUCCAUGUUCACCAGAAAAGGUACGACGCCAUUACAGGUGUUUAUAAUCUUCUCCUUGACGAAGAGUUGAAAUGCGCCUCCAAAUCUAACAACGAGAGACGAAUACAGACAGAAAACACUCGGGCGAAUUCUGUGAUCAAGGUCUCUAUCAAGUCUACUGCAAUUGAGACUGCUAACCAGAAGACUGGUGACCAAAAUAGAUUACAGGACUCUGAGAGCUCGAGCAGGUCUGAAGGCCAAGACUCGCAACCUGAGGCAGAGAAAGACUGGGAACAAACUACCACGCAGAAACCAAUAAUUUCCAAGCCACAGUAAGUUGGAUAAAAAUAAAUGUCACGUUAAAUGUACUAGCAGUCGUCCUGAGAUGUGUUUCUGUUUCUGUCUUUCUUUAUUUAAACAUAUUUUACAGGCGAAGGUUGCCCUAAGAGCAGCUAAGAGGAACAAAACUCAUCGAGAGGGCUCACCUCUGGUGUUUAAAAACGUUGUAUAUGUAAUAAUUUUGAUUUUUUCGUUUUCCUCUUUUAGGGAAAAUCUCGUCGAAAGACCGCUUGAGGUUAGUGGAUCCAUCGUUUAAUAUUCAGUAGAGACCAUUAAGAUUCUGAGACGAGUACUAUUACGAGUACGAGAUUUUCUCAAUACUAAAUAGUGCUUAAGCUUGAACCAGCGUCAUUCUGGCGGGAAAACAUGAUUGCCGUCGUCAUUCUACUAGGAGUUUUAGCGAGAAUGUCUUGGUAAAGGAAACAAGUUAUAAAGUGUUUAAUAGAGGUUUUAUCAUUUUGCGGCCGGGAGAUGGCUUAACCUUCUUCAUUCAGUAAAGAUAACUGUGCUAAUUUUUUUGGUGAAAAAGAAGUGCAAUGAAGCUUUCUGGGGUGUCUGUUAUUUGAAAAUACGCGAAAAAACUUUAAGUCAAAUGUCGUACUCGUAGUCUUUCUCGCCUUAGAAUCUAAAGGUGUCUAGUAAAUCUUAGCCUCAUUACUUUCUUAAAAUAAAGAAAUAAUUGUGCCGCCGACCCGGCUGUACAGAUCCUGUCCUACUUUGAGGCCCCGUUUAUAUGGAGAAACGUUGUCCAGGGUAGAAAGAUCAUCCGCCAACCAGAUCGAGCCACCCUGGGGCGAGCCAUCUUUUGAUACAUAUCCUUAAAAACUGUGGCGAACCGUUGUCAUCAGAAACAAAACGUUGGCUUGGCUAGAAGGGUGACCCGAAUAGACGGGCCAAUUUUUCUCCCUUUAAACACUUUGACUCGCCCAGCCGGUUUAAGUGGGUCAAGGCGAGACAAGCAGAGCAUGCGCGAGCGCUGGUUUACACAAUCAGAGCAUGCGCUAGGGCUUUUGGCUCGUGCAACGGGCUAAGGGUCAACGUUUUCCUCAAUUAACUCUCGCUAAAGUUGACUCGGCCUUAAGGGUGACUAUUCUACCCGGGGUAGGUUUUCCCCCUAUGAGAGAGGCCUAAUUAUCACAAGAAUUAAAAGCUAAUAGUCGCAACCUGGGAAACGGUAUUUUUGCUCACCAUUAUUCUGUUAUAAAUCUAACGGUUCGUUUAAAUAAUAAUAAUAAUAAUAAUAAUAAUAAUAAUAAUAAUAAUAAUAAUAAUAAUAAUAAUAAUAAUAAUAAUAAUUGCGUUAUUUUUACCCUCGGCAGUAUUCAUAGCACUUAUGCUAGCAGGCCGGCCGAGCAAAUGACUGAAACAAAUAUUCAAAUCAAACAUAACGGGGUUAAGAAUCCCAACUGGCAGGAGGCAAGCCAGCUGGCUAUUUACAAACGUGGUCGAGGAUCUGAACUCGGCACUUCCGUGAACAAAUCCAGUUAACGGUCAGGGCGGGACGUGAACUCGGAGCCUCCAAAAUGCAAGUAGCGCUCUUACUGCUCGGCCACGCUGCCUUCUACUUCAUUUGAAAAGUAUGAGGCAUGUAGUAUACUACUGAUUUCAAACGCUCCGUAGCAAGCAUUAGAAUGAGAUGGCACAAAGUUUAGGACACCUUAAGUUAUUUGCUUGAGCAACAAAUGUGCAUAGAUAAGAGACACUAUUUUCAAAGCCAUUUAACUCAUAGUGUCGUGUGAUUUGUUUAUUUUCUCAGGGUUUACGGAUCAAGGGUUUAAAGAUCUGCUCUUUUGAGGAGCUCGGACUAUCUAACAGCCACACCCACGCCAAGACACGCCCAAACAGCGCUACACCUGUCCGAACAUACAUAGAAAGCCCUUUGAAACCAACGAGUGGGCCACCUCGAGCCUGGAAAAGAGCAAAUAGGGCAAGGUGUAACUCAUGUAUCCCUCGGUUUACCCCGAAGUUUGACAGCAAGUUACACGGAAAGCGUGUUGUAAUGUCCCCUCGAAGGAGACAGGAGCCCGAGUGUUUGGCUUCGCAGUGGGAAUCUAAAUUGAGCGCACUGAUCACUGAAGCAGGCGAGGAAGGAUGUAGCCAUUGUGAAGAUUUGAAAAGUAGCGCAAGUUCCUCGGGCGAAAAUUCACCAGAAAAAAAUUCUACCGACGUUCAACCCGAGAAACCCGAUGCGCAACUCGAGUUCGGGGAGAAAACUGAAGUCAUGAGCCAGGAAAACUUAGGGAGCUCCUCAGGCCGCAUGGGCCCAAAGAACUGUCAUUUAAAAGAUACACCUGGGUUAAAACCAAGCCCGGAGACGAGUAAAUCCGAGGGGAAACAGACUGCUCAGAUACUUCAAACAAGCCCCAAGUCUGUGACCUCGAAAAGGGUAAUUGGGUCGCACAAAGGAAUGCCUCCAUCUUCACUGGCCUCGCAGACAAUUAAUCGGGCUGUGUCGCCGCUAAGAGCAAGCCAGUUUGUUGAUCUUACCGAUUAUCACAAACACGUCCCUCAGCCGCCGAAGGCUCGUAUUGCAGGGCAGCUGGGCUGUGAAACAAAACUGGGGUGUAAAGAAGGUGAAAACGAAGGACAGAUUAACAGGUAAACUCUUUCACAACGGGUCAAACCCAAAUAAAAAAACAAAGAAAUAACUCAACGCGUAUCAAGAAAAGGGGAUCAAAUUCAUGAAAACAACAGGAUUUGUUCUCUGGUGUUGAAACGGCCAUAUCUGGUCAUUUUUAAAAUGGCCAAAACAAUGGCGUAACCUGCACCAUACAAAGAACAAUUAGAACUCCAUGCUGCCGUUAAAGUUGGGGUAAAACAGGAAACAAAAACGUGCAGCUUGUUUUGUAACAUUGCUGCAAGACGAGUCGAAAAGGAAUGUUGCACGUUUUAACACCAACGUUUAAACCUGUCUGGCAACAAACCAGACUGUUUCAGUUUGCGAAAAGGUGUUGCAGAAAGCAGAGAGUGAGUUGUCUUUUACAACAAAACCUGCACAUGUUGCGCGUUUUACCGAACCAAGGCAAACAUGUUUUGCGGCAAGUGACGUAAACCCCGUGUAAGGUAAGACUCUCGCGUAAUUUCAUCCAAGCAGACGACAGUACAAGUGUUAACGCAAAUUGAAGCGCCCUGAUUUGUCUUGGGUUUGAACGUGGGUGGUAAAACACGCAACACCGUUUUCAACUUGUUUGCAGCCAUUUUUGUUGCCUGUUUUACCGCACCUUAAGGGCGGGGAAACACUUAACGGUUGCUGAACGCGGGAAAGCUGUGACGGAAGCAAAGCGUCCCUCUGCGGGAUUAGAACGAACGUUUGAGGCACAAACUGAGAAGGUAUCAAACAGAAUUGUUUGCUAUUUACCAUAUUAGCUAUGCUUGGGGGCUUGAAAAGGGUCUUAUAACUGAGCCAGGUCAAUGAAGAAAGUAAUAUAGUAACACAAGGUAAAUUUGUGAUUUUCAUUCGCAGUUUCUCUGCAGCAUACAACUCUUACCUCAAGAUCAGCAAACCACAACACCGUCGCCUGUCAAUAAUGCAAGCGCAAGAAAUUCUCCAACACGAGUCUAAGUUUCAACUCAAAUAUGGCAGAAAACUGAACGCCGCAGAAAUUUCUACCAAUAACUCUGACUCAAACAAGUCUUCCGAUGACCAGGUGUCACGCCUUGAUAACGCAAGCAACAGCACGCAUGCGUCCGUCGCUGUUGCAAAGAAAUCCAAUAAACAACAGUAUAACAAUCCUAAGCCUGGUUACCUCAAAGGAGUAAAGCUUCACGGAGAUCAGAGAGAAAUUAUCCUUGCCGGUGUGAAACAAGAAAUAAUUUUCGAAAAACAAGCUGCGCCAAGCCAAGAUCGUCUUGUAGGACCAAAUCUGUCGGCUGAAAGAGGUUACAACGAAGAAAGCAAAAUAAAGAACGAAAGCGAGAAGGGAAACGAAAUCCAGGAACAUUCAAUUGAUGUUUUGCCUCGACCGACUCGGCCAUCACCCGAGGCCGGUUUCAAUCACCCGACGCCCGAAACCCGACUAAACCCAAAGCAAGAAGAAUCCCUGAAGAGACAAAAGGAAAAGGAACAAACGGAAAACCACGAGCGAGAAAAAAAGAAAUUUCUAAAAGAACUGGAGGACCAACAACGUCAAAAAAUGAUCACAGAAUAUCUUCAGCACGUUUAUUCACAAUAUGGCCGAUCACAGCCCUCGCCUCGUGCUGGGAACAAACCAGAGCUCAAUCCGCGCACCUAUAAAGUAUCCAAACGAGGGCGCGUUUAUUCGGUGACCACUCGUCCCGCGGAGAAACCGGGCUCCGACGCACCGCGGGUCAUCACCAGGCCAACGCCCAUUCUUCACCAGGCCGCCAAAGGCGCGCAAGGGGAUAAAAAAAUCGUUUUCAAAACUCAGUCGGGAGUGAAAGCUACUAAUGGUGUGAGGUUUGUUAAUGACUGGAACAACAGCGUGUUUACAGAAUACAUAAACAGCUCCGACGUCGACACAACCGACGGGAAGGAAAAAGACAAACUUCAGGUACUGUAAAUAAUUUUGUAGUCAGAUGGAUGGCAGAACAGUUCGUUUUUCAGCUAAUUUAAAUAAUUCAAUACCCACAUAUUGAUGGACAGUAUUAAAGAAAGACUUCUAUGGCAAUACACUCCGCAUUUAGUGUGAUAUACCGUAGAAUUUAUAAGUUAAUCUUUUCAAAGAGAAAGUCACAAACCAACCUCGUCCCCAGGGCUUUUCCCUCAAAAGGGAAAAGCCCUGGGGACGAGGUUGAGUCACAAACGUCACACUUGUGACUUUCAACAGUGUUAAGUCAAGAAAAGUUAUUUAGCUUUCAAAAAAUUUCAUACAAACCAUUGAACUUCCCACCACCAGCACUUAAUGUAGUUAUACGGUCUCUAACAGUAAGCUUGAAGAGUUUCUUAAUUCAUUAAGUCGAAAACGUGAACACAGUUUUCAAAUGAAAAGUGAUACAGAAUCUCAUCUCUAGCCUGAGAAAAUACCGUAAAAUUCCGAAAAUAAGCCCCUCCAUGUAAAAGUUCCUCCAAAUAUAAGCACCCCAAACCGGUAACGCAAAAAACCGUCCGUUGAAUCGCCCCUCCAAAUAUAAGCCCCCCGGGGGCUUGUACUUGGAAAAUUGUCCUCAAAUACAAAGUAAAACAAAGCAAAGACAGUACAUUUACUUCCAACUAUAAGGCUAGCCCAAUCGAUUUUGAAACGCAAAUAUCCCUCCGUAGAUAAGCCCCUACAAAAAUAAGCCCCUCAAAAAGGGCCUUUGAAAAAUAUAAGCCCCGGGGCUUAUGUUCGGAAUUUUACGGUAGCCGACAUUUCGCGACGCAACUAUUGGUUUCCCCGCGAAAUGACGUCUGAGAGACGAGUGUAGGAAUUCCAGACAUGGGAAGUGCUUCUGAUUGGUUGAAAAUUUUGAUUCAGGAGCACUAUUGAGAUCUGGGCAGUCAGGCAGGAAUUUCUGCUCUCGUUUCUCAGACGUUAUUUCGCAGGGAAACGAGUGAUGGCAUCGCGAAAUGUCGGAUGGUUUCUCAGGCAACAAUAUAUCUGAAAUGGUUUUAUUUGUGCGGCAGGUAAAAGACGCAAGUUUUUGGUUGGAGCAGCACCUAAAUGGCGUACUGGAUGAGACAACAGUCACUAGGAAAGACCUUCACAACUACCAACAACUUUAUAUACCUAGAGAGACUUGA